GCAGCGCUUCCUCGGAGCUCAGAGCUAGGAGCUCAGAGCUCAGCAUCUCGGGCUCCAGCGCCGGGCGCGCAGACAGACCCAAGGCUCUGUCCAUGGGCCUCCCCUGCUGCCGCUCCUGCUGCUGCUGCUGCUGCUGAGGAGGAGGAGGAGGAGGCGGCGGCGGAGAGGGAGCGGCCGGCAGGCAGGCGGGGGCCCCGGGAGCCGGCACCAUGCUGGGCUUGGAUAUGUGCGAGCUGGGGGCGCAAGUGCUUGAGCUCCUGUGGCUGACGGUGUGCGCCAGAGAUUUCAUGGCGGACAAGGAAGGCAUCCGGGCUGUCCAUGAGGAAGACCUGGAUGAGGUGGACUUGGACUACAAAGCCCCGGAGAAGAAGACUCUGCAGGAGAUACAGCAGCUGGACCAAGAUGAUGAGAGUCUAACCAAGUACAAGCAGGCCCUGUUGGGGCCCAUUCCUGAGGCUGUGGAUCCCAGCCUCCCCAAUGUCCAGGUGACACGGCUGACUCUGGUGUGUGAACAGGCCCCUGGACCCAUCACCAUGGACCUGACAGGGGACCUGGAAUCUCUCAAGAAUCAGGUAUUUGUGCUGAAGGAAGGCGUGGAUUACAAAGUGAAGAUUUCCUUUAAGGUCAAUAAGGAGAUUGUCUGUGGCUUGAAGUAUCUGCAUCAUACCUACCGCAAAGGGCUCCGAGUGGACAAAGCCAUGUACAUGGUGGGGAGUUAUGGGCCAAGGACAGAGGAGUAUGAGUUUCUGACGCCCAUGGAGGAAGCCCCCAAGGGUCUACUGGUUCGAGGCACCUACCGCAUCAAGUCCUUCUUCACGGAUGAUGACAAAACAGACCAUCUCUCCUGGGAGUGGGACCUCAACAUAAAGAAAGACUGGAAGGACUGACCCCUACCCCCACCUGCCCUGUAACCCCUGUCCCACCUACACCUGCCUCAGCCUCCAUUGGGGUCUAAGGUCAUCCUUGGGUCAGGACAUCCCCUGGCCGAGUUGGCAGGGACCUUGCUGAGGGGCUGAGAGCCCAUAAUUGGAGCACUCAGGUGUGGGUCCCUCCUUCCUUUAUCCCUCCCAUUCGGGGCCUUCCUCUGGCCCCCAGCAACACCCUUAGCCCGGGAAGGGGCUGCCUCCAACUUCCUCCCCCUCCAGCACCCACCCAUGCCUAAUCCCUUCUCUUUGGAGGUUCCCUCCUGGGGAACUAGCACAAUUCCCCUACCCCAAAAGGGAUUCCAAAGCACCUGACCUGAACCUCUUCCUCCAAUACAUAACUCUCCUAACCAUUCAAGCUCAGUAGGAAGGGGCAGUUCCACCAUUUUCUCCCUCAACCCCAUCAAAAGACCCUCUUGUGUCUGUACCAGGUGAUCAAACCCUGACUCUCAUCAUCCUCUUCCCCUGGUCCUCCCCACUCAGGGUCCAACAGUCAUAUUCCUGGAGGAGGCUUCCAGGGACAGGUGGGAAUGGAGUGGGAUGGAACAGGUGGGGAGCAGGUGAAGCCUUCAGCCAUCCCUACCCACCUGCCGGGCGCUUGUGUCUGGAACCAAAGCUCAUCAGAAUUGCCUUGUGUCCCUUGCCCCUCGCCUCUGACUGGUCACAUUCCUGUGGUGGCCCUGGCAUUGCUGGGCUGGGCCACCUGAGAAGGAGGGACUGUGCUCCUGCCUGUCCCCACCCCUCCCCUGGGCUGUGGGGUUCCUGUCCUUUCCCCCACUUCCCUGCUGUCUGUGUUCGCAACUGUUCCCAUUAAACUUCAGCAAUUUCUGUC